CCCACAACAGGUCCUUGCAGCAGCAUCAGGUAAGGCGCUCUGUACUGUGAGGGUCCAGACUGUCCCACUCAGCACUGAGUUGGGGGGGGGGGGGAUCUCUCUAGUAUGACACUCGGAAACCGUGAAUGGCUGGAGUGUUAACGGGACGCCGGGAAGUGUUUGUUUAUAAUAAUUUCCUGAGUUCUCAGAGGGCCGAACGCCAUGAGCCCACCCCUUCCCUGAUCCAGGACACCCCUCUGCCUGUGACAGUAAUGGCAGCUCCCAUUCUGUGUGUGAACAUUCCAUUUAAUGUGUAUCUGUCUUGUUACAUUGUAUUUUGUAAUUCCAGCUCCUUUCAGUAUGGGCAAUAACCAAACACAUUCUGUUAUAAUAAACAGUAAUGGAAUGAUAGCAGCUUCCCAGGACUGGACAUUUCAUUGUCUCUACCUGGGAGGAUUGACUUCAUUACUUGUGAUUUAAUAAAGGGCUAUUCACCAAAAAUGAGGAUUGCUGUGAAUGUCACAUUUAAAGGGACACCUUGGUCACCCAGGACACUUCAUCUCAAUGGGUGCAGUGUCCCUGUCCUCUUAACCUUGCAAUGUUAUGGAGACUAUAUUUAAAAGAAGAAAAACUACCACAACAAGAGGACAUAGUCUUAAAUUAGAGGGGCAAAGGUUUAAAAAUAUCAGGAAGUAUUACUUUACUGAGAGGGUAGUGGAUGCAUGGAAUAGCCUUCCAGCUGAAGUGCUAGAGGUUAAAACAGUGAAGGAGUUUAAGCAUGCGUGGGAUAUGCAUAAGUCCAUCCUAACUAUUAGAUAAGGCUAAUUAAAAGUAUUUUGAAAUAUCGGGCAGACUAGAUGGGCCAAAUGGUUCUUAUCUGCCGUCACAGUCUAUGUUUCAAAGUCACCUUUUCACUGCACAGAGAGGGAGCUGGUCACCUAAACAGCCACUUCAGCAUGCAUUCCUGACAUGAUAGUGAUCCUUUAAGUCCACCUCUAAUGGCUGACAGUAUGGCAGCUACCUGAGGCGAUAGUAUGCUCUGCACUGACGAGUAAAAUCUGGUCAUGUGACAGGGAAGCCUUCAUUAAAAAUGCAUUGAUUCCAUGCCUUUCUAUGGGGAAAGUACAUAUGCACUAGGUCCCCAGUGCUCCUCUAUGAGAAGCAUCAGAUUGGACAUCAGCAGAGGAGGCGGAUACGUAAUAAAAACGUAGGGGGAAAAAAGGUAAGUAAAACUUGUUUUUUUAAUUUUAUUGGAAAUAGGGAUGGGGGACUUAAUAAGAGUAGGGACAGGGACACUGCAGCGUCAGGAGUGCAGAUUUGUAAUCAUAGCUCUAUAGUGCUCCUUUAAAGCCAAGAUGGGUAAACUGGAAACAUCCUACGAGAUAGCUAUCCUUCUAGUGUAGGUACUUUUUCAUUAAUUUGUAAUUCACUUUAAAUUCCCGACAGUUCUCACUUUAGCGAAUAACCGUAUUAAUUGCGUUGGAAUGGGGGUUGGUGGUCUGCUCCAAAGGAAAACAGAAAAAGGGGUGCUCUAUACCCCAAAUGCAUAUUGCAAAGCCAAGCAGUAUAAUUCAAAUAUGUUUCCCUGACUGGUGCGUCACAAGUUUUUGUUUUUUUUACUUAAAACAGCACUGUCACACCCAUAUUCAAAUUUAGUAUUUCAUAAAGAUAGAAUCAAUACGAAAUACUCAUUAUGACUGUUUUGGAAUUAACUCAGAUUCAAAAGAUCUAAAGAGACAAAGUUGGCAUAUUUUCUCCACUUGAUACUUCUUGACGCAAGGCGGAGCCUACGUGUCAGUCCCUGCAGCCGUAAUCAGUGAGAGCUGCAGGCAAUUGGCUGUGUCUAUGGAGGAUGCUGCAGUCUCGGAGAGGGUUUCCCCCAUAAAUAUAUCAAUGCUGUACUCUCACACAUGCGCAAGAGUACAGCAGUGACAGCGUGACCAAGAUGGCGGCUCCCGCAAGGGACAGGUUCAGAUAAGUAAUCUGAACGUGGUAGCAGAAACAUAACAUUAUAUUACAUCUCUGUCCAAUCACAGCACUGUCUCCACACUUGGAAUAAGAAAUUCGAGGCCUAUGCCACAAAUCUGUUCUACUAGAUAGUUAAAUUAUGGGUAGGAGUGGGUGUGUUUCCAGAGUUAUGGCUACUGUUAGACAUACCAUUAGGUGUAGAAUAAUUGCAGUUGAGAAAUAUGAUUUACCCCUAAUCUAACAAUUUCUCAAAUCCUGACCUUAAAGGAACACUAUAGUCACCUAAAUUACUUUAGCUAAAUAAAGCAGUUUUAGUGUAUAGAUCAUUCCCCUGCAAUUUCACUGCUCAAUUCACUGUCAUUUAGGAGUUAAAUCACUUUGUUUCUGUUUAUGCAGCCCUAGCCACACCUCCCCUGGCCAUGAUUGACAGAGCCUGCAUGAAAAAAAAACUGGUUUCACUUUCAAACAGAUGUAAUUUACCUUAAAUAAUUGUAUCUCAAUCUCUAAAUUGAACUUUAAUCACAUACAGGAGCCUCUUGCAGGGUCUAGCAAGCUAUUAACAUAGCAGGGGAUAAGAAAAUUUUAAUUAAACAGAACUUUCAAUAAAGAGAGCCUAAAUACGGCUCUCUUUAUAGGAAGUGUUUAUGGAAGGCUGUGCAAGUCACAUGCAGGGAGGUGUGACUAGGGUUCAUAAACAAAGGGAAUUAACUCCUAAAUGGCAGAGGAUUGAGCAGUGAGGCUGCAGGGGCAUGUUCUAUACACCAUAACUGAUUCAUUAAGCUAAAGUUGUUCGGGUGACUAUAGUGUCCCUUUAAUGCCAUAUUUAUGACUGCUUAAUCAAGCUUCUAACAAUCAAUCUAACCACAGCUCUCACAGAAGACAGGAGCCAGUCUAGGAUGAUGGGUAGGCUCAAGAAAAUAAGAUGCAAAAUUAAAUAUGGUGUCCAGAUUAAUAGAACACAGACAGUAUGCAGUAUUCACAUACUGCAGGAAUAAAACCAAUCAACUCGGGGACCAGACAGAAUGAGCUAUAAUUAACCCUAAAGAGAUUGUCUAAGCAACAUAACCUCUACAGCUCGAUGUAGGUGUUAUUCUGCCUAUAAGCGUCUCUCCCCCUCUCCAGCUGACUUGAUAUUGUAAACUUUACAUUUCGACAGCCAACCAGUAGCCUGUAACCGCGUCUGUGUAGAACGGCGCUGAUACAUUUAGCGGACAUGGAAUCGCUAUCGUUAUUUAUGAUAAUGCUUACACAGAAUAAAUGGUAGACCGAUUAGUGCUUGUCUUAAUUUAAUAUUAUUACUGCUAUGUGCUUAGAAAUAAAUUCCAUUAAUUCAUUUUAAAUGUUCUUGCUACUCAGUAAAUCCAUUUACCUUUCCCCUGACAAAUACUCUUUGCAUCUCAUGCAGACUGCUUUAAAAUGGUGGAAUUGGUGCACACGCUUGCGGAUCACAUCGAUGAUGUUAACAGCUGCACCUUCUCUGACUCUCUCCUUGCUACCUGCUCUUUGGACAAAACAAUCCGAGUUUAUUCACUAAACGAUUUCAGUGAAGCCCCCUUUUCCCCACUGAGAGGCCACACAUAUGGAGUCCACUGUUGCUGCUUUGCUCCACAUAGCCCCAUCCUCGCAACUUGUUCAACCGACGGUAAAACGAUUCUCUGGAGUAUGGACAAUGGACAGGUACGAGCCUCCUUUCAGCAACCGACCAGCAGCCCUGUGAGAGUCUGCAAGUUUUCCCCAAAUUCCCUGUAUUUGGCAUCGGGUGCAGCAGAUGGUUCUGUGGUUUUAUGGAACGUUCCAUUAUUAAAAAUUCAUAGGUAAGCUUUAAAAAUAAAUCUUCCCGCAGUAUGUUUGUCAUUCUAGUGAUAUAAAGUUUCUCCAGGUUAAAGUAUCUAGUUAGCCAAAACUUUAAAAUAUGCUAAGUAUGCUACGGAAACGGGGCAGAUAUUUAAGUAGUUGGAGAACAGUGACAAAUUUGCGCAUCAUAAAGAUAAACAGUAUAUUUAGUUGUUACUACAUUCCACCUCUCUAACACUGGGACCACUGCUGUCACUCUGGGUUUGUGCGUAUUACAAUAAUGUAACAACCACCCCCUGGUUCUUUAUUAUACCCCACCCCAGUACAAUAUGAUUGGCCCUACCUGAGGAACCUUUCCCAAGCACUACACACUACGCUCUUUCCCAAGCACACUCUCCUUGGAUGUCAACGCACUGCCUCUUUUUGCCAGGAAAAAAAGUGUCUGAACAUAGUGACUUCCUAGAUUUCUCUAGUAGAGUGUGAGAGAAAUAGUCACAACAACUACAGCGCAUGAUUUAUAGUUCCAUUGACAGAGAGCAGAAUUGGGAUAUAUCCCUGUGAGGGGAGGACACUGUUUUUAUUUAAAAUGUUCUUUAAAUCUGUACAUUUGCUAGGAACGUAUUUUCCGCUUUCAUUUAAAGCAACAAUGUGUGUACAAGGACAAGUGCACUUUACAGGGACACCUGAAUCCAGAUAGUCAUUUAUAUUAUUUGUAUAAGUUAUGGUGGAAGGAAGUCAUGAUCACAGUCUACCUUAUGGCCUAUAACCACCAGUUUGCGUGAUAAAGGCUCCAGCAGAGAGCCGAAACGUUGCCUUGAAUCAAUAAAGACUGCUCACUAACAGCUCUCUGAGUGCCCAGACGCCUUUCUAUCUAAAUGUGCAUCAUAAGCUGGGUUUUUAAACCUGAACUUUCUGAUAUUAAAUUGUUGAUCUUGGCUACUAAGAAACCAGCAAUGUUUGAUAAGCUUAUCUUCUCUUGGACAUAUAACAAGCCGUAUACCAUUCAUUUCCUGCCUGAUAUCUAAUGUGCUACUUUCAGUAAUGCAAUUUGUCAGUUACAUAUUUAAUUUUUAAAUACAGUCUGCAAUGCAGAGUCAGUGUUUUACACUAACAGAAUAACAAAGUUCACAUAUGGAAAACCGAUAAAAUAGGAUCCAUACAUAAUGAUGUAGAAGAAUUGCGGAUUAAGAGUCUAACAGGAGAAGGAGGCAAUCGAGACAGAAGAUUUAGCUGUAGCUGGAGAUGUUAGAGAGAGAGAGGUCUACCUGGAGGCUGGGGUAAUGAAGACAAAAGUGCUUGCAUGAACUGGGAACUUUAGAGGCAGGCGUUGAGGGGAAUGCAUGGAGAAGGAAGGUUAGAUUGUGUCUGGAGAAUUAUUUAGAGAGGUAAUGUAGCUAAAGUUAAAGUAGGUGAAAUCAAAUGACCCAAGGUGUAAGAUUAAAGCAGCUCUGUAAAUGUUUUCCAGGGCCUUUGUGUAUUUUGCAUAAGCUGAUGUUCCCAGUCUACUUGUGGCAGCUGAAGGGUGUUCUAUGUACCUGAAGCUCUGCUUCUUGCGCAACGCUAUCCUCUUUUUAGAAACUCUGGCAGCUCAAGAAUUACAUAACUGCAAUAUUCUCCUGCAAAAGUGAUGGUAGGAGCCGCACUCAAUCCCAGCAGCCACUCGUUGCUCCAGAGAAGGGACCAGCAAUCCCACAAUGACAAGGCAACAAAGAAAUUCCCCAGGCACUCAAGGUGUUAAAGCCGCAGGCAGUUUUACUGAAACAAAAAGAACAGCAACGUAUUCUCCAACAUAUUUCAGAGUAUGAGAGUACAACACUGAGGUCUUUAGACAUCCAGGGAGACCACAGGAUCUUCCAUACACCAACUCGUGCCAUGCGUGACACAAAGCCUUUUCCCACAGCGAUCGCUAGCAACAGCUAUGACAUUUGACAAAGAUGACAAUGGAAGCUCUGCCAACUUGAGCUUUACCCAUAAAACAAAAUAUUCCCUGCUUUGUCUUAUAUCUCUUGAUUGUAUUGGACUUUCAGUGAAUUCCCUAGGUGGUUAACAUAGGUAUUUUUAAAAGCUAAAGAUUUUGUCUUUAUGAAAUACUUAAAUAAUGACAUGAUGUGACUGGCUACCUUUUUUACAUUUUUUUUUAUAUUUUUUAAAAAGCUUUAUUGUAGAUAAAAGUUGUACAAUACCACAGCAAAUGUUCAGGUCAUACAGGUUCUGUUUCUGUGACACAAGUCAACAAUAAAUGAAAAUUAGUUACAGCUCAGGGUGGUACGUCUCAUCAAGGAUAUUAUAUCUGGUACUCAGUCAGGUAUCAUUCAUUUGCAGUUGAUAAUUCUACAAGUGAAUCAUGUCAUAUUUAGGGCUUGGGGUAUGUAUGUGCCUGAAUGUGUGGUAGGGAUAUUGUUUAAGGUUGAGUUCAGAUGGUGGCCUUAACCCACAAAUGGAUGAAUAUACUUGGAUCGUUGGUAGGUUAUUGUUAUAGCAAUAUAUAACAGUGGGUGAGCAGUGGAAACAUAAAACAGGGUACAGUAAACAAGAAGUAUAGAAGUAUAAGAUCUAGCGAUGAGGUCAGAGUGUGUUGUAGUGGAGCCUGAACUCCAGUCAACGACAAGACCCACAUGAUCGCGUCUGCUAACAAGCGGUCCAUGUAGUGUCGGUCGGAGACCAGUAGAGCAGGGGGUCCACGACGAGCAAGUAAUAAGAGUGGGGAGACCGGAGAAGGGCGGACCUGUAUGGCUUAAAAGACCACUAUAGUCAAUGAAAUGGUCUGGGUGCCAGGUCCCCCAGGUUUUAACCCUUCAGAUGUAGAGAAACUGCUAUGUUUACAUUGCAGGGUUAAUCCAGCCUCUAGAGGCGCUUCCCGACGCUCAAUGCGAACAUCGCAUUGAGCACACAGAACGUCCAUAGGAAAGCAUUGAGAAAUGCUUUCCUAUGGGUGUUUUUAAUGGGCGCGCGUGGCUGUUGCCACACACACGCAUUCAGUUCCACUCAGGAGUUGACGUCGGAGGGGGAGGAGAGGUCACCAGCGCAUAGGGAGUCCAGCGCUGGAUAAAGGUAAGUGGCUGAAGGGGCUCUGAGGGAGCCUGGUGCUGGAUAAAGGUAGGUGGCAGGAGCCGGAGGGGGGGACCUAAGGAUUGUAUAGUGUCAGGAAAACAAGUUUGUUUUCCUGACACUAUAGUGAUCCUUUAAGGCAGGGGUGUCAAACAUGCAGCCCCCCAGAUGUUGCUGAACUACAACUCCCAUGAUUCUUUCAAUGAAACCGAUAGCCAGGGAAUCAUGGGAGUUGUAGUUCAGCAACAUCUGGGGGGCCGCAUGUUUGACACCCCUGCUUUAAGGCCUGUUGGAGGGUGGUGUGGCAUAGAUGGGCAUGGAAAGCAGGGGUGAUAGGGUAUUAUUCUGUCAUAAAGCUUAUCCACGGCCCCCAUACCUCUUGGUAGAGUGAAUAUUUGUGGAAGAUGGGAGCGUGGAUCUCCUCUAUAGUCUUAAUUGCAUCUACUUUAGUGAUCCAUUCCCUGACGGAUGGAGUGUUGGGAUUUUUCCAAUUUACUGGAAUGAGUAAGUUGGCAGCUGUGAGGACGUGAGUAAGGAGAAUACGUUGUUGCUUGGGGAGGGGGCAGGGGAAAAUCAGGAACACUAAUGUAUGUGGUGUAAGAGGGAGCUGGAAUCCUGUCAUUAUUUUGGUCAUUUUUACUAUGUUUGGUCCAGUACGUCUUGAUCAGCAGGCAAUGCCACCAGGUCUGUGCUAAGGAUGCCCCAGGUUGGGAGCACUUCCCACAAGCGUCUGGUGUGUUUGGAAAUAAGUUGUGUAGUUUGGAUGGAGAGUAGUGCCACCUGGAGAUUCUCUUAUAACCACUUCCCUGUACAUUGUUGCAUAUUGAGGCUGUGUGUAUUUGCCUAAAAACAGAUUUCCAUUGCGAUGUGGUAAACUGGAUAUUGAGAUCUGUGGCCAAGACUGAAGGGGCUUAAGUUAUUGGCAUGAUCUGUUUGGAGAAGUUUGUAGAAUGUUGAGAGUUGUUUCGAUUUGACAUUGUGGGUCGUGCAGUGGAGCUCAAAGUCUAGAAGGGUGUGGGAACCUUUAAAAAGGAUAGGGUUGGCAGUCAGGUAAUUUGUGCAAAAUGGAAAGAUUGCAAUAUGUUCCAGGUGUCUGGACCGACUAUACUGGAGAGGGACCUUAUGGCAUUUCCAUCUAAGGGGGAACCUAGUGUAAGGUAAAGCAUGUCAGGAGAUCAUUGAAAUUGUUGGUAGAAUAUGGCUUGCAGUCCUGGUGGGAAGAGUGGGUUGUGAGUUAUACGAUAUAGGGGGGACAGGUGAGGAGAAAUGUGCAUGGAGUCUCUUACGUGUGCCCAUAUCCGGAGCGUGGGGAGGAUGGUGGGAUGAGUGGUGUGGUGGGUGAGCAGUGUCGAGGGGUUCGCCUUUUGCCACGGGACUGUGUGGAGAGGGACUUGGAACAUGGAGCUUUCUAGUAGUAUCCACUGCCUGGCAGGUGAGGAGAUGGAACAUUCAUAGAUUCUGGAUAGCAUAUUGCUCCAUGUAGGGGACUCUCAGUCCACCACUGUAUUUGUGUAUUUGGGUCAGGACAUCAUAAGGAAUUCUAGGCUUUUUAUGUGCCCAGGGUAGUGAAGAGUUGUCUAAGCUUGGUGAAGAAGGAUUUGGGUGAGGCUAUGGGCAGAUUUUGAGUGUGUUCAUUUUGAGGAUAUUUAUCCUGCAGAGCCAGUUGAAGUGCAGUUUAUGCCAUGUCGUCAGGUCUUUUAGAUAUGGAUUGGAAGAGUGAUUCAAAGUUUAAGUCAAAGAUGGAUGUUGGGUCCGCUGAUAGUCGGACUCCUAAGUAGGUGAUCGCUUUAUCUGCAAGAAUUUUCAGGGAUAAUUUUUUUCAAGUUGUGCAAUGUGAGGAGGGAUUUUCACAGUGAUAGAUAAGGAGUCCCAUGUGAUAUCUAUAAUAUGAAAGACAAUCUGCAGAUGUGCUAAAAAAUUUGAUGACAGAAGAAUUAUGUUGUAAGUUCUGGUAAGAGCAAGGAGGCUGGCUGGAAGAGUAUUUAGAAACCGCUUACAAAGUACUAUCCAUGUGGUAUAAAAUACUACAUAAGAUGAAAACAAUCGAUCAUUCUCAUGAUGGUCUUUGUUGGAGAUGCCAUGCUCCAAUAUAAAACGUCUUUGGAAAACCGUUCAUGCCAUUAUUCAGAUGAUCAUUGAUAAUCUCCCUCUUUUUAACCCAUCAGUUCUCCUAUUUCAGUUCCCCUAAAGGUACAAAAAGUUCUCCACCAUUAAAAUCCUUAACAUAGCUAAACAACUGAUGUCCUUUAUUGGUAAAAAAAGAUGGAGGAAUUGGGACUGAUUGAGGAACUUAGAUUUAGAGUACAAGCCAGAAUCCAGGUAUAUACAGGUAUUGGACCCAGUGGCUGACAACCUCCUUUUCGGUAGACUAUCAACAAUUCUUGACUUGACAUCUGGUUCCUCAAAUCUUCUGCCCUAAUGGGUUUUUAAGUGACAUGCGAUUUUGGCCUGUGUGUCCUUCGCAGUUCCCUUUACAGGUCACCAGGUGCCUGUCUUUUAUUUAGUUGUUGAUUUAGCUUUAGUCUCGGUUGAGCCACCAGCUUCAUUUCAUCAGAUUGUUCUUAGUAAGUUAACACACCUUCUCCUGCGUAUCGAGGUCUGUGUUUUGUUCUAUUAUUCCCUGAAAGUCAGCAUGCCUGAGCUCGCUAUUUAGGACUUGCAGGUCACUUACCAUUUUAUAAAUGAUAAACACAAGUUGACAAUACGUUCCACAGUUCCACAGUGCUUCAUAGUUUUAAAAAGGGAUAUAAUGGCAAAUAAGAGAGACUACUAUAACUGUUUACAGGAACUUAUAUUAACGAGGGGACUUCUCAAACAAUGGUAUUAACAAUUCAAAAUGGAAAAACCUGAUGAAAAGAUUAGAUUUGAAGGUAUGUUGCCAGUAUUAAGCUAACAAAUGAAGGAAGACAUCCAAAGAAAAUCUGUGUAGUGGGAAAGUGAAAUGCCGUGUUGAGACAAUAAUUAUUUUUGGAGAGACGGGGAGAAAGGUAUAAUGAGUGAAAAUUACCCUGGGAAGAUAAGCUUGUCUAAAGUGAUAAGUUGUAAGAGACAUCUUAAAGACCUGGGGACAUGGAUAAAGUCUGAUAGGGUAGGCAAGCUGUGCCAUAGGAAUGGAGCUGUCAUUGAGAAAUCCUGUCGUGGAGAAUUCACAGUGCGAGAGCAACCAGAAGACAAGAGAAGGGCACUACGAGGGACCACGAAGGUGUGUAGUCUUUAUUUAUGAAAUGUAAUGGGGGUGGAGUUGUUAAGAGCUUUAUAGGUAAGUGUUAACAUUUGGAAUUGAUCCAAAAUGCUAUGGGAAGACAGUGAAAGGAAACACAAUGUCACAGCAUUCUAACCUGUAAAGUGUGAUGGAGAUUGCAAUGAUGACGUUUUUAAACCAACAUUCCAUUCUUUUUCCAGAUCAAGCAGUGUGAAGGAUGGGUCACUGGUGGCAUGCACAUUUUCUCCGGAUUCAAAACUUCUUGUAACCGGUUCGUCAUGUGGGGACUUGACAGUUUGGGACGAGAAUCUGAGAUGUUUACACAGUGAGAAGGCGCAUGAUCUAGGUGUGGCAUGCUGUGACUUUGCUGCACAACCAAUAGCUGGUCAGUAUUUUAUUUUUGGCUUUUGUCAUUAGUGACAUACAGAUGUACACAUGCUAAGCUAUCAUUUGGGCAAGUUAUAAUAUUUACAAUGUUGGUAACUCUCUAAGCCAGCCAUGUUUGCGAUUUGGUUAUUUUAUCUAAAAUUUUGUAUUUUUGACAUUACCCAGUCUAUUUAUUCGAACAAGCUGACAUCAUCUUUGUGUCACCUUGUCAGGUGCUGAACGUGGCAUGGAACAUUUCCAGUUGGCAUCUUGUGGCCAAGAUAAUGAAAUCCGAUUGUGGCUGAUCUCUUACAGCGGUGCAAAAGGUAGAGGUCUUAAAGUACAUGUGCUGUUUACUCUGUCUAGAUCACUGCAGUCAUUACUAUUGCUUAGUGAUACCAACAAAAUAUAUAGUCUAAUUUGAUUUGAAAGACAUGUCAGUGUUUUGGUUAUCUUUUUUUUAAUAUAAUUUUUAUUCAGUUUUUCAUGUAAGUCAUUUUAAUAACACUCAUUCAGAUUUCCAUUAAAUAUUUAAGUGGUUUUUUUAUUCCUUUAAAUGUUUUGUGUUUUUUGUUUUUCUUUACCAACGUAUGUUUUUUUAAAUUCUUUAUUUUUUAAGUGCACUGUUAAAUACAUAGGUCAGUGAGUACAAUUGAUAUUACAUUUAGUAGGCAAUUGGUAACCUUAACCGUAACAGAUUCAGGAUGCGCUGCACUUUUUUUUUGUGUGAAGAAAACAGGAGUAAACAUAGACAGGCAUAGCAGAAUGAAAGUAACUAACAGGCUAUACAUGCUGCCUAUACCACUUUAGUUUCAUUAUAAUGUUGGGUUACAAGCUAGUGUUGAACUGUGAACAAGUGCUAUCGUCAUGCUUUACUAACUAAUGUAAGUGCCACCUGGCGCUGGUUGCUUUAAGUUAUAGAUUAUCUGCCCCAAGACAAGAGAGGAACGUGGUAACGGGGGGCCACCUAUGUAAGACAUCACAUUUUUAACCCAUGCCCGUCUCACAUAUAGCACUGCUGCGACUAAAAUAAGAGCUCAGGUCUCGCAGUUUUGCAGUACACCUGCCCCUGGCUGUAGUAUAGUCCAGCUCCCCAGUCUUCCAUGCCCCAUUUUGUGUUGCGGUCAGGGCUUUGCUUCGUGUUCGUCCGACCGGCAGAUCACUCUUGGGUGUGAGUUGUCUUUGUGGAAUUGUCCUAUUGUGGACCCUGGCCCGCAUGGGUAGUGUUCUGUAGCAGGAUAGGGCUAGUAGCUUCUAAGUGUCUUCGCUUCAUGGGCAUCUGGGCCGCUGCAGAUUUGCGCCUGUCCGGUCCUGAGGGGUCAGGUUGGGAUGUAGCAGUUGCUGCUGCAGAUUUCUCCCUUUGACUUUGGGUCGGAGACCAGAGCCAAAGGUGAUCAAAUAGCUUGUUUAUCUUCCUGUGAGGCCCACUUCGUGGAUGCCCGGGAACCUUUAGACGUCUUGCUUAGUGUGCGUGGUGCCAGGAGACAGCCCAGCGGGGACUGCCAUUUCCUGCUUGGGUGUGCGGAUCAGCACCUUGGCGGGGACCGGGAUAACCCCCCCGGGUCCAAAGGGGGGGGAAACAGGGCCGGUGAGACGAUCCACCACGGAACCGCAUCAGACGGUAGGUAGGUGAGGCGGCGGCCGUCCAUCCCACCCCCCACUUCGGUAGGCCGCAGGCUCCGGAUGCACAAUCUUCUAACAGGGCUUCACAGUAUCCAGACCGGAGCCUCGCUGGUCAUACAGUCCGCCGCCGUGUUACAUCAGGUAGCUUAUUGUUAAAGAUUUAGUCUUGUUUGACCUUAAUUAGGGCAGAAUAGAUGAGAGCAGGCAGGAACUCAGCAGACUUGCGACCCGCCAGCAUGGUGGUCCGGCCCCGCCCCUUCCCAAAGUAUGUUUUAUAUUGUAUGUUUCUGGCAAAAUUUCAUAGUGACUUUUUUACUUUCAUUUAUGCCAUGGUGCAACACUGUGUCUAUUUAAACUAGUUUACUUACAAACAUUUCCUGUUAUCUGUGUUUGAUUGAUUUAAUAAGUGGAGUGAAUUCAACCUUUAUUUGUUUAUUUUUGUUUAGGUCUUGAAAUGAGGUGUAAAGACACCUUAAGCGUGCACUCUGCUCCUGUUCUUGCCUGCGCCUUUUCUAACAAUGGUGAAAUUCUUGUAUCAGGGUAAGCAAUCUCUUUACAUAUGAAUUGCUUUAAAAAUGGUUUGUCUUAUCCGCACUGUGUGAGCGAUAAUCAGUGCAUAAUUAUCUUAACAGGGAUGGUAUUUACUAAACUAUGAUACUCUUGACCAGGGGUAUAAAUGUCAACUUACUCUUUGGCCACUGGCCAACCCGUUUUCUACCUUUGGAGCUGCAGAUCCAUAUUCCCAGAUGCACAUGCACACACAACCUGUCAUGUAAAAUUGCAUAGAAGUGUUCAGAGACAGUCAACUCCAAUGUAAGAACAAACACAAUUUUGUUUUCUGUGUCUUGGAUGCACAUUUGGGGGGCAUCCUUAACUUAUGCUAGGACAAACAUACCAUCUUGAUGUGUUGUUUUUUUUUUACCAAAGGGGUGUGGGUUGUUGGAAUUGUAUGUCUAUAAAUCCAGAUUAGAUAAAGGAAAUCAAACCAGCUGACUUAGCUUGUCCACAGCAAAUAGCUUCAUAUGAUGAAUUGCUCACUUUAUGAAAGCAGGCACGGUAUCUCCUGAUAUAACAAAGUAAUGGUUUAUUUAUUUGUUACUGGGAUUGAUAAAGUACCAACACAUUCCGCAGCUCUGUACAAUCGGGAGUUCCAUCUAAAAUUUACUGUUGUGGGUAUCGCAUUAGUUUUCUCGCACUCGUUGGAUAAUUUUGUAUAUUUGUCUUUUUUUUUUGUCUCAAGAUUUGUAAUGCUAUUACUCAGUUAUUCUCAAUUCCCUAUGGAAUGAAUAACUGCAACCUUUUGACAUUGUCAGAGUAAUUUGCAUAGAUGAACACUAGAGGGCCACCGUAGCAAUACUAUGAAUGCUUGCAAAGUAAAUACACGACUCCGUGCAAUUCUUAUUUUCUUAUUUUUUUAAAAGUACUUUUCGACAUGUACUUGCUUUGUAUUUUUUUAUUUUUUUAUUAUCCUAACUAAGAAAAAAAAAAAAGUACACCGGCAAAAAUCAGUGUACAACUUUGCUGUUCUGAUCUGCUCUGCUUCAACAUAUGAAAAAUUAUCAGCUAAUUGGACUGAACACUUUAAUUUGGCACGUGAAAAGCAAUCGUGUAAAAACGGUAGGUUUGGGGGAAGGAAAGAAGAAUGUAGAGAUAAAAAUAGAAAAAUAAGAUGUGAUGGAAAAUAGACGUUUAGGGGAAAAAAAACAUAGAAUAAAGUUGAGGGGGAGAAGACACAAAAAAGAGGAGAUAUCAUGACAGGGGAGAAAGAAAUACAGCACUGUGUGUAAAACCUGGAGAUAGGAUUAAAGGGCAUGAAAUGAGUGGGAGAUUCGGAGUGAAGGAAAGACAUAGGAUGAGAAAGCUAAAAAAAAAAAUCACAGUGCAAUGUAUGAUAAAUAUUUCUAUCGAGGCACCAAAUCAAUUUCUGCCGAUGUCUGUCUCGGGGGUACCUCGCUCACUGGUUGGGGACAGAGGCUCUUACAUCCUACUGUAGAGUGGUUUGGCUUAACAAGAUGAGGGGUUGGAUACUCAAAGGAAGUCCCAAGCUCAUUCCGAGGAUUUUGUACACAUCUAUGCUUUGCACAGCACUGUUGGUUAGAAACGUAAAUAUUAAGAUGCUUUGAUCAUUGUUUGUCAUCUAGUUGAUCAUAGUUGUAAUUUAGAACCAGCUCUGUCUUGCUAACUCAUUUAGCCUUUCUACGAUGCAUUACUGCACUUGUAUGCAUAAUUUUUUACCUGUUUUGAUCGACAUGAAAAAUGAAAAUAAGGAUUGUAAAAAAAAAUUAUAAUAAUUCUGCCGAUGUCCCUCCUCCCGCCUCCUUGUGCUCUUGAUUUGUCUCUGUUUAAAGGAUGGGAUGUGAAGAGUUAAAAAUGUCCAGCACCACUGCUAAUUUAUUAUUUAAAACAUAUGUUAAUGUUUCCCAGGAAUCAGCUGAAUAUUAGUGGAACAUGUCCAUUUUGGAAUUAUGUGAGAGACAAGACCAGACAGAAUUGUGUAGCUCUGUAGUUUGGUGGUUGAUAAAACAGCAAUUUUUUCCGCAUUGUAAUUUUACUUUGUGUUCUUGUAAUUCACUCCUUAUUUUACACCCCCAAAUCUCUCCUUGCUCAUACCACAUCCUGCCGUCUAGAAUGCACCAGUACUCGGUUAUAAGAUGGAAAUGGUUCUGUAUGCAACCAAAACCCUUUCACAGCCUGAUUUAGAGCCUUUUAAAAAAAUUGUUUAUUGAAUACAGUUCAUUGAAGUUUGAGACCGUGUGUGAUGUAUGCUGUUUCUAUACUUCAUAAAAUAGUUGUAUUUCCCUCUAGAUAAGCAUCUCUUUAUCUAGCCAGCUUGUAACCUGAUGGCAGUCCUGUUUAUUGUACAUCAUUUUUUAUUAUGCAUUGCAUAAUAAGGAGCAUAUUUUGUAAUCGAGUUACUCAAAUACUUACCUUACUUGUUAAUUUCCUGUAGUUAAAGAUAAACUUUGCAGGUUUUGUUAUUAAAUUAACCCCUUUUUUUGGGUCAUCUAUUUUUCCUUGUUUUUAUUUUUUUGAAAUUCACCUUAAUGCUUUAGUUACACAUAAGGAAAAGUAUAGACUACUUUUUCCAACAAGGUGCGUGAUUUUGGCAAAUUUAGGCAACGGGUGGAGCUUAAACAAAGUUCCAUUUCAUUUGCUAAAGUAAUUUACUUACAAUCCAUCACUUCAAAGAAUCCCACAGAAUGGCAAACUGCAGGCAUUAUGGACGGAGCGGAACAAAAUGGCCGCCCCCAAGUAUUGAGAUCCAGCACAAGGAAGAAAAGUUAUUAAAUAUAAUUAAUGGCAGGUGGCAAAGAGGUAAGUAUAGUCAUUAACAUUCAAGGAGCAUAAAGAAAGGAAAACUGAAAGAAACAAAAACAUAUCAGAGCUGCUUUAAGCUGCUACAUUUUUGGUGCUGAGCUGCAAAAUCAGGGUCUUUCAGCUGCAUAAAAAUUACCAAUAUGACUGCCUUGCGUGCAUUCCUCGGUGCACAAUAAGCAUUCUUGGAUGCACUUUGCAGAAUUUGUGUACUAAUGAAUGCGUACAUAUAUUUGUAUCCACUAUGUUGGCACACUAGCUUCAGGUAAGUAUAUUUUGAUCGCUGCCAAUUUUGCCAGUCUAUAGCAUACAUUCGUUAACCUACCUGCUAGUUAUCUUGUCGCUAUUAGCAUGUUUUGUGGCAACAGAUCCUCUGUGAGAUGAAGUGGGGAGUGUUUCUCGCUGUCUUUGUAGCGCAGUACUAAUCUGGAGGGGAAAAAACACUUUACAUGAUCUCUUGUUUAUACUCUAGUACAGCACACGUCAACGCUUUCAAUAUAUACUGCAUUUAAGAACAUAAUUUUCAACAGCUAAAAAGCAAAUUUGUCUAAAACCUGUUGUGUAAUAAUGUAUCAUGAGGGCAAACAUUGCUUAAUACCUUGUAGUAUGGCACAGUUACAGCGCACGGCUAGCUCUCAUUGUGCUUCCAAACAUGCCAUUACCAGUAGGAGAUUAUCCCAUGUGUAUCACACCAAUCCCAUCCCCGUGAGUGCUUCACUUACCAUUAUACAUGGCAAAUCCCUCUGCACAGGGAAUACAGCCUUCCUAGAUAUAUAUGAACUUGUCAGAGGCUUCAUCUGUCAGGUCCAUAACUGUCACUCUUUAGUCUUGGACACCCUUUAGAAUGUGGAAAGCAUACUGUAAGAUUAAGUGGAAAACCAGUAUGAUAGAAGCAGAAUGACCAAAAGUGGCUGACGCACAGUAUAAGUGGGACGAGCAGAAAUCCAGUCUAAAUCAUCAUCUGGAAGUGCAACAUUACCUGUACAGGGGAUUUGCCAAUCAUUUUGGAUACUUUACAAAAAUGUUGUCAAAAAUACUCUAGCCAAUUUGAUUCUGGUAAUCUGGUGGAAAUUCGCUAUUUUGUAAGAAAUGUAAAGAGCUCUAGCAGUAAUGCAUUCUCGUGAUGCCAUAUGUUUGUGUUUUCAUUCUUUUAUUACUCUGUUCAGUGAAGUGAUCCAUAGUUGUCUGCUUACACUUAAAGGGACACUAUAGUCACCAGAACAACUACAGCUUAUUGAAUUUGUUCUGGUGAGUACAAUUAUUACUUUCAGGCUUUUUGCUGUAAUCACGGUCUUUUUUAGAGAAAAUGCUGUGUUUACAUUACAGCCUAGUGAUAACUUCACUGGCCACUCCUCAGAUGGCUGUUAGAGAUCCUUCCUGGGUCGUGGCUGCCUAAAAUGCAUCCAAACAUUCAGUGUCUCCUCUCUCUGCUUGCAGACACUGACCUUUCCUCCUAGAGAUUCAUUGAUUCAAUGUAUCUCUAUGAGGAGAUGCUGAUUGGCCAGGGCUGUGUUUGAAUCAUGCUGGCUCUGCCUCUGAUCUGCCUCUGUCCGUCUCAGCCAAUCCUAUGGGAAAGCACUCUGAUUGGAUCAGGCUAUUCUUAUGAUGUCAGCAGACUGCUUGUGUUUUUUUUUUUUUUUUUUAGGCAAACAGCAUGCAGAUCUGCAGCUUCAUGCUUGAAUACAGUAAGAUUUGUACUAUAUUUAUGGAGGCAUGAGGGGCCCAGUGGGGCUAGCUGGUGAUUUUAACACUAUAGGGUCAGGAAUACAUGUUUGUGUUCCUGACCCUAUAGUGAUCCUUUAAUGCUUGACUUGUAACUUCUCUAACUUCAGAGACAUUUAUUCACUAAACCAGUAUUAUGGUGGAUCGGUAAGGAAAUUGCACAUUUGGUUUAAAAUGUAGAAAUUGGAAAUAUUGCCAAACUUAACUGUUUUUCCCCUGGUCAAUUCGCUACAAUUUCCUGGUUUAGAGAAUAAACUUCUUAGCUUGCAGGAAUACCUUAAAAAUAAUAUCUACAAACUAUUUAACCCUAGAAUGUGUGUCAGUGUGUUGUCGCUGUAUAGUUUUGCACACCUCUUUCUGGUAUAAACAAGGUUAAACAUUUUAAGCAAACCUCUGUUCUCAAUAACAUUUCCUCAACAUGUGUCUCUGGUUUGUGGUCAUUUGGUGACAUUUUUUCUGGUUUGUGGCUACUGCGAGUCCCCACCCGUGCCCAUGUGUUUCCUGCUUAUGGACAAAUACAGAACUUAUUUUCUUGACUUUGUGGAAAAGAAAAAAACAAAAAACUGGCAGUGUCUUUUGUAAAGUAGUGUUAUGUAGCGAGCAUGUUACAGAGAGGACCAGAACACACGCAAAACUGCAAUAAACAAUAAAAAACAAACAGUGACAAAAUGGAUCUGUUCAGCCAUAAGGAAACUGUGGUGUUAUUUUUAGUAACUGUACAAACACUCCCACAGGGAAUGGAUCUGUACUAAUAAAAUAGAGCUAUGCACAUCAUCAGGGAGUAGACCAAUAAUAUGCUAACCUGGUUGGCUUAGAGGCAUUUCAGAAAGUCGGAUAAUUUUAACCACUUAAAAGGGGACUGUGACUUCAGAGUUAAAAUAGAUGUGUCACUAACUUACUCCCCUGGGUACCAGCCAAGGAAUUCCUCUAGAUGGCCUCCGUAAACCGCCACAACCAGUUUUGGUCCUGGGACUGCUGCAAAUGUCCUUUUUCAAUGUUGCACCUUUUUCCGUGUGAUCUUUUUUUCAUGCCGCCAUUUUCUUUGAGUUUCUAUGAUUGUGGCCGACUGUAUUUCCAUUCUGCCCUUCCUUGGUUGUGUGUGUCACAUUUCGUGCAUGCAUGGACCUGUGUCGACUCUCAUAAACAGGUGCAAGUCAACACAGAGGGUCCGUGAUGGGCCGCCAUUGACACCGUUGACCGAGGCAAUGCUCCACACAUUAUCAAUUUUUGUUAUCCUUUAGUCCCUACUUUUGUUUAUGUAUAAUUCUGAAAAUAGCAUUGUUUAAAAAAAAAAAAAAGAGGGCAGCAAAUUAGGCAUUUUGGACAUGCCAGUGACAGCUGCUUUGAAGAAGAAAUUUUACUUGAGGGGUAUUUACAUUUUUGGCCACUUGCUUGGCAGUAUCAGAGGGUGGAGAAAGGGAAGAAAGAUAUAAUUACCUUAAUCUCUUUCAUAUAUGCCAUCUUCUGAUUUAGGUCCAUCGUCCGCUUCCUGCAGCUGAAUACACCAGGAGUCACAACACAAACUGAAGUAGUCUAGAGCGUUUGCAAGAGUAGGAACUAUGGUCCUGUAAAAGUUUUUGCAAGACCAAGAAUGAGAUACCAUAGGCACCUGUUGUGUGUCAUAUGAGAAGAAACUUGCUCCCAUCAGCUGUUGUAAUUGACGUCUAAUGGGAAAACGCAAAUAGGCAAGUUGAAUAUCUUUUUAGAUGUCUGUAUUUUGCCAUUAUUUAAUGCAGAAAUGAGGCAAAGAAGUUUUGUCCUAUAGUAUAUUUUGCAUACACAUACACAGAGUAUCUGAGAUACAUUAAUGCUUUCCGUAGUGAUAGAAACGAGGUAACAUUUAUGUUGUGGUAUAGAUUACAUUAUUAUAGGAUACCCUUGAAGGAAGAGUCUUCAUAUUGCUUAAUCUUUGCUGCAAAUAGUAUCAAAAGGCAGAUUAUGUCGCCUUUUCAAUAUCAGUUUGGGUAAUAUACCCUUGUGAGGUUUUAUUUUAAAGCAAGAUGUAAUUUAUGUCAUGUGGGAUAAACAAGGUUUUUAAUGUAUGUAUCUAUCUUGAUAUGUUUAUAUUAGACAUGGCAUGUUUAAUGUAUGGAAAAAUAUUUCAGAUUCUCCUUUUCCAAAACAUUGCGCAGUUAGUCAAAUGGGCAGACCCUGGUGUAAACAUUUACCGUUAUCACAGAACAUGCUGUACAAUCACCCUGGGAAGGUAACGCUUGUUCACAAACAAAAAUUGAGAGUGUGCAUAUAAUUAAUAAGUGAUGUUUUUAUUCACACAUCCCCUUCUCAAAGAAUACAUUUAUGGUUCGAUUUAAAUCCCAGGAAAACCCCAAAAGUGGGGUAAAAAAAAAAUCUCAAACCUCCAAAACAAUGUGACCGUGAUGAAGACUUUAGGUCGCGUGUUGGCAGGUGCAUUUUGGGUAAAUAUCAGUACCUGCCAAAAUGUUUAUUAAGAGGGUGGAAUGUUUGGUGUGCCCAAGGGAAGCCCAAGCUUGGACGAUCGCUAACACACAGUUUCUGGAAAUGUAUUCAAUUUUUCAUUAUUAAAAAGAACUGAAUUAGAAAUGCAGAGUUUUAUUUUUCAUUACAGCCAGUUGUUUUAUAUCAUAUAACCCCUAUUUUCUUCUCCAUUUUUAUUUAGCUCUGUGGAUAAAUCCGUAAUCAUUUACAAAGUUGUAAGUAUCACACAAUCUCUAUUGAUAGAGUGAGUAAACAUGUUUAAAGUAUUAGUUUAGUUUUCAGUUUUUGUAAUAUAUGAUUUAAUGAUAUAGUCCACUGUCCAACCCUGGCUUAUACCCUAAUCUUUCUAUUUAGAUGUCCCCCAGAAUGAUUAGCGUAUAGGCCAGGGUUUUGCAGUGGACUGCGACUCAUCAUAUUUUGCAUGACGAGAGCUGCAUUUUGGCAGGCUGCUUAUUGUUUACUUAUUGUAUGUCAACAAUACAUUCAUUGUUUCAAUAUUACUAUGUAAUUAGGUAAACACUUAAAGGGACACUAUAGUCACCAAAACAACUUUAGCUUAUUGAAGCAGUUUUGGUGUAUAGAUCAUACCCAUGUAGUUUCACUGGUCAAUUUACUGUCAUUUAGGAGUUAAAUCACUUUUUUUUUUUUUUUUUUUCUUCAAUGCAUUUUUUUAUUGAGAGUGUCAGACAAAUAGAAAUACAAAACAUACAUUGAAUAUCAAUGAGUAGGUUUGUGUAUAAUUGAAAUAGACAGCCCUCGGAUUUAAAUCUCUGCAGCUCUAGCCAAACCUCCCCUUGCUGUAACUGACACAGCCUUCGUGAAUACAACAUAUUUUCAUUUCCUUUCAUCAGUUGUUAACUUGCUUUAAAAGUUUUUAUAUCCUGCUUUGUAAAUUGAACUUUAAUCACACACAAGAGGCUCCUGCAGGGUAUGGCACGCUCUUAACAGAGCAGGAGGUAAGGAAAUCUAAAUUAAACAGGAUUUGCAAUAAAGAAAGUAUAAACAUUAGAUGACUCUUUACAGGACGUUUUAGGGAGAUUCUGCAAGUCACAUGCAAGGAGGUGUGACUGGGGCUGCAUAAACAAAGUGGUUUAGCUCCUAAAUGGCAGAGAAUUGAGCAGUGAUGUUGCAGGGCAUGUUCUAUACACCAAAACUGUGCUAAAGUCUGUCACAUGACCUUCUUGAUGUUUUGGCUAAGAAUAUUUAUCUAGAAGUUACUAGAAGGGCCAUUUAUAUCGCUUGCACCCAAACAUAUGAAUACAUGGUAAGUGUUUUUUUUUUUUAAUGGAAAUACAUUACCAAUACAUUUGUGUUUUUUCAAAGUAACCAAUAAUUGUGAAUACUGGUUAAAAAAUAUUCCCAUGAAUGUGGGUGGCAAAAAGAGAAUUGUCACUUUAUGUUCCCAUGCCCCUGAUCACAGGCCGUAAGCUUUAGAGUAAUAGAUAUUCAAUGCUACCAAACAUUCUAUUGUUCAACACAAGGAGAAGGAGCGGCUAUUUUAUUGUCAUAUUAUAUGCUCCUGUGUUCCGACAAAGAGACUAAUACCCGCAUGAUGUCAGUACAUAUAUAUAUAUAUAUAUAUAUAUAUAUAUAUAUAAUACAUAUGUUUAGCUGGAUGUUCUGGAGGGUGUUUUGCAAAUAGUAAAGCCUUAAUUAAACUGAAAGCCUUUUUUUCUUUUUAUAACUGUGAAUAUAAUAUUUUAAUUGCUAAAUGUGUGUUUUUUUUUUUAAUAUACCUUAAUCCCCAGAUCAUUGUCAGCAGCCUUGUGGUAUAAAUAUCAAUUUCAAUGUCUAUAAAUCUGGCAGAUUUGGAUAGGACACUGUAUAAACAAAAUGGAAUUGUUAGCAGAUUUGUUUUACAGUUUGUCUUAUUUGCCGAAUUAUUGUAUUCUCUCCUUACUACAGUCCCACUGUGAAUAAAUGAUAUUAGACCCCUGCUCCUCAUUUUUUAAUUUUAUUUCCUUUUUCCCCAGAAAAGUCAAUGUAUUGUUCAUAUCCUGACUCAUCACACACGGUAAGUAUUUUAAGUAGAGUCCUUGAUUUUUCUAAUGCUUAUUUACUUGUAUUGUGAACAAGAGAACAGCAGUUUGUUUGUUGAACCCCAGGCUCUGCUCAGUUCUGAGUGCUGAAGCAGAGAACAGGUCAGGUAUUGACUUAUUUACCUUAACCCCUUAAUGACACAACUUCUGGAAUAAAGGGGAAUCAUGACGGAAUAUUUCCAUCAUGUGUCCUUAUGGGGUUAAUAUGGAAGCUAUGUGUGCGCUAUAAAUUCUGCGUUUUUAGUUAUAUGAGCGCUGAUUGCUUUUAAGUCCUCUAAGUACAAAGCAUUCUAAAGAAUAAAAAGGGCAUAUAAAAAGGCGGGAGCCUGAUGUUGUGGGAGGAAUUAUCCGGCCUAUAUUACCUGGAUAACUUCCCGCCUUACCUGUCGUCGCUUCUUUGAAGUUUCCCUCCCAUCUCUCCCUCUUGUAAGCUAAUUACGACCAGGUGGGCCCUCUUUUAUACAGGCCUAACCACUCGUUGGUCUCGGCAAACCACAACUGACUGUUUUACGCAAAUAUGUUUUUAACCAAUUACAUUUAUACUCUAUCGGCUUAUGAUCCCGACCACAAACAUUAUAUAUAAAAACAGUGCAUUUAAUUACGCAUUAAAUAAGUGAUAUGUGAUUUGAAUUUUCCUUUUUCUAAUUCAUAUAAAGUGGAUAACUCACUAGGUUUGUAAUGCAAGAAUUGUUUACGACUUACAACUUUUUAGCCUUUUCCACCGUUGGGUCAACUUUUUCUCUUACAACAUAGAGCAUGUAAUCCGCUUGUUCGGAGGGCUGAUUUAGCAAAAUUAGAACCGUAAUCAUACAGACUGCUUCUUUAAAAAGAACCAACUGUCCAUAAAUGGCCCCAUCACUUAAAAUGUUACCUUUUCUAACAAUUUAGUUUUAAAAACUCUGUAUAGCUCUCUUUCACAAGCUUUCAAACUUUACACAAGUUUUGUUUCCAAAAUGUUACUGUAUGUAGAUUAUAUAUACGUCAUGUAAUAAAAUCUACACUAAAUCCGUUCUGAUAGGUAAACAUCCCUUUAUCCUAACACAAAGAUAUUCACAUCAUGUAGCUUACUCUUCAGCUAGGGAUUCUGGGAUAUGCACUUAUUAUUUAAAUAGUUAUUGCUAUUUUUCAACAGCAGUAUAUCCACAAAAUAGCCAAUCUGUCUGUAUUUUUAAUUAUGAACUAUGGUAUUAAUUUAAUUGCAAUGCUUGAUUUCAAGAAUAAUUUUAUUUCUUCCUCCAAAAUAUAAACAAUCUCUUCAUAAGAUUUGUAUUUGUCGAUAUUAGAGGAGCUUGCUGGAAGAUGUUAAACUGGAGAUAUAUACCGGUAUAUAUUUUAUAUUCAUCCUCACAUACUGUGUGGCUGUUUAGCCUUGGAUCCAUACACAAUCGGACAUUGAGCAAGUGCCGUGUCUCCCUGCCAGGAGAGGGACACUGUAGAGCAGGGGUGCCCAAAAGGUGGAUCCCCAGAUGCUUUUUCAUUCCAAAGCAUUCUAAAGGCAUUUCAAGCAUCAUGGGAGUUAUAGUUCUGCAACAUCUGGCAUCUACCGUUUAGGGCACACUGCUGUAGAGGGUAACGUUGGUGUCUCCUAGCAACUGCUCUUUUUGAUGAUAUAUGUAUCCUUCUAUUUUACAGGUAUGUCACUGCAUGCUCCUUGGCACCCACUUACCCUCUCCUAGCUAUUGGCUCAAUGGACAAAACUGUAUCUAUCUGGAAACUGAGACAGGAGAAUGAUACACCAGGCAAGUUCUGUCUUUUUAUUUACUUAAUGUACAUGUAGAAUUUAAGAAACAAAUUAUGUAUUAACCUUUUUGCUGUUUAUAUUCUUCUGCCCCUUGAAUAUGUCUACCUUCUGUUUUAUGAAGUGGAUUUAGGUACCUACCUCACAUUUAUUUGGUUACCUAUCAGCUACUAUGGACUGGGAAAAUUUACGCCCUGUUUCAUGGUUUGCACCUAAGUGAUCACAUGGCAUCUUUAGUCUGGGACAGAUUAUGUUACUAACUUGGUUCUCAUGAAGUGUGACAUUGAUUACACUUAUAUAAAAAUCUGCUGGAAUGAUUCCUCCUAGGGUAAUAUGCAACAAAGGUUUUGGUUGCCUGGGACCAGUUUUAGUGGGUCAUAGUUGGAAGCUUAAUUAUAGUAGUGUUUAGGCUACAGGACAUCACAGUCCUGUGCCAUUUCAACUUUGAACAUUUUGAUCAGCUACAACAUUAACCCCUUAUGGACACAUGACAUGUGUGACAUGUCAUGAUUCCCUUUAAUUCCAGAAGUUUGGUCCUUAAGGGGUUAAAACCACUGACCGGUAAAGGGAAUAAUGUUGAUUAUAUUGUUACAAUGGCACCUGUCAAGGGGUGGGAUAUAUUAGGCAGCAAGUGCACAGUUAGUACUUGAAUUUCAUGUGUUGGAAGCAGGAAAAGUGGGCAAGCAAAAAGUUCUGAUUGACUGUUAUAAGAGCCAAAUAGUGAUGGCUUGAUAACUGGGUCAGAGCAUCUUCAAAAUAGUCUUGUGGGAUAUUCCUGGCAGUGGCAGAACUACCGCGGCCGCAGGGGAACUGCGAAGGGGUACCUGCCGGCCAGGUGUUGUGGCCCCGGCCUGCGUGGUAUAACCACCGGGGCUGUACGUUAAGCCCAUGAUGUUAGGGCCACCUGAUGGAAAUGAAUUUCCAGGGGGCCAGGUCAGCACUGCGGCACUUUAACAUCGCAACUGGACUCCCUUUGAUGACAUCAGAGCACAGGGAGGAAGUGACUGCCUCGGUCACUUCCUCCCUUCAAUCACAGAGCCCGUGCGGGAAGAAGAAAGGAGGGAGUCAGAGUGGGAACUCCCAUCAUCCUGAGCCACUGGACCCCAGGGACAGUCACCCUCCUGCACCUAAAAGGUAGGGAACAGGAGGGUGUCAUUUUGCAUGUGUCGCUUUGUGUGUGUCGGUGUAUAUGUAUGUGUCUCCAGGGCCGUCUAUAAUAUGAUUAGGACCCUGGGCAAUGCAUUUUCUUGGGCCCCAUUGGCCCUGUCCCUGCCACUGCCUCACCCCCCAAUUACGUCCAACCCGCAAUCACACUGACAGACGUACUGGCACAUACACACACAGACAGACAUUAAAACAUUCACAGAUACAUACUGACACACAAAGUCACUACACACAAAUAUAUACUGGCAGACAUACUGACACACACACAGACAUACAUACAUACACAGACACAUACAUUAACAGAUAUACUGACACACACACAAACACAUACACUGACAGAUAUAUACAUACUGACAGACACAUUGACACACACACACACACAGGCAUACUGACAUAUACACACAGGCAUACUGACAUAUACACAGACAGACGUAAUGGCUGAUACAGACAGACAUUAAACAUUCACAGAUAUAUACUGACACACACAUACACUGACAUACAAAUAUAUCCUGGCAGACAUACUGACACACAGACAUACAUACAUACACACUGACACAUACUGACUGACACACACAGACAUACUGACACACACAUACAGACAUACUGACAUACACACAGACAGAGUGGCACAUACACAUAGACAGACAUUAAAACAUUCACAGAUACAUACUGACACACACAUACACUGACACACAAAUAUAUCCUGGCAGACAUACUGACACACACACAGACAUACUGACAUACACACACACACACACACACAGACCUACUGACAUACAUUUAGCCACCCUCCAGGUUCUUACCUUUUCCUGGAGGGUGGUUUCCCUGGUCCAGUGGCAGGCUGAGGCAGAUGGGAGUUCUCCUCUGGAACUCCCCUCCUCCCUGCCUUCCUCCUCCCGCGCGGCUAUCUCCGGUGGGAGGAAGUGAUGUCACUUCCUCCCAGCCGGCUGCAGAACCGGAAGAGGGGCCCGGUCACGCUGUUUAAGUGCCACAGCGCCCGACCGGGCCCCUGCUGACACAUGCUCCCCGGGUGGCCCUUAGUGCAUGGGCCACCCAGGGAGCCUCCUCAGUGUGCGGGAGCCGCACCGCAGGGGCUGCGCAAAUCGCGGGGCCCACAGAGCAGCUGCUCUGGGCCCCCAGGAGCAACUGGGCCCAGGGCAGCUGCCCCGUUUGCCCCGCGUUAAAGACGGCCCUGUGUGUCUCUGUCAUAGGCGUGCACCCUAAAGCAAAAACACACACACUGCGUGUAUAUGUAUGUGUGUAUAUAUAUCUUGAUAUAGGGGGAGGGCAAUUUUCACACCGGGGCCCCAUGUUUUCUAGUUACGCCCCUGGUUCCUGGUAUGCAGUGGUUAGUACCUGCCAAAACUAUGUGACUGGUGAACCGAUGUCAGGGUCAAAUGAGCCAAGGCUUAUUGAUACAUGUGGGGAGAGAAAGAUAACCUGUCUAGUCCGAUCACACAGAAGAGCUACGGUAGCUCAAAUAGCUGAAAAAUGUAAUGCUGGCCAGGUUGGAAAGGUGUCAGAAGAUAGUGCAUCGCAGUAUCCUGCAUAUGGGGCUUCGUAGCUGCAGACCGGUUAGAGUGCCAUGAUGACCCCUGUCCACUGCCGAAAGCACUUUCAAUGGGAACAGGAGAAUCAUAACUGGACCAUGGAGCAAUGGAAGAAGGUUGCCUGAUCUAAUGAAUCACAAAGUCUUUUAGAUCAGUAGGAUGGCCAGGGAAAUGUGCGUUGUUUCUCUGUGGAAUACACAGCAGCAGGAUGCACUAUUGUAAGAAGGCUGGAAAAAAAAAAAAUUUGGUCGUGGUAUUCAUGUGUAUGUUACUUUGACAUGUACCACCUACCUAGAGAUUGCUGCAGACCACGUAACCCCUUCCUGGCAAUGUUUUUUCAUGAUGGCAGUGGCCUCUUUCAGCAGGAUAAUGCACCCUACCACACUGCAAACACUACUCCGUAAGUAUUUGUGGAACAUGAUAAAAAGUCCAAAGUGUUGACUUGGCCUCCAAAUUCCCCAGAUUUCAAUCCUAUUGAGCAUCUGUGGGAUACGCUGGACCAAGUCCGAUCCAUGGAUGUCCCACCUUGCAACUUGAAGACCUUAAAGGAUCUGCUGCUACGGUCUUGGUGCCAGAGAUAACUGGACACAUUCAGAGGUCUUGUGGAGUCCAUUGCUCAACACAUCAGAGCUAUUUUUUCCAGCACUUGGGGGACCUACACAAUGCUAAGGCAGUGGUUUUAAUGCUGUAGCUGAUCAGUGUAUUCAGUACAACCAAUACAUGUCCAAUAAUUUAUAUUAACACUGUAUACUUCUGGACAUUGUAAGUACAUCUGACAUCUCCUCCUCUGUUUACAUUUAUUUCUACCACUGGAAAGUUUGUGUGAUAGCAACUAAAAUAACAAAUUUGAAGUGUUGCAGGUCACUUAUAAUCGAGGCUGUAAUGACUUUAUAUACAUAAGAGAGCGCCUCUGUUACAAUGUCACUAUUUACAAUUAAGGUUACAGGGUGCAGAUAGUUCAGGGUGACUAUAGGUGGGAGUAUUUGGCAGGCUAUCUACAUUAAUUUUUGGUACACCUACAGUCACGGUUCUGCCUAACUGAAAUUCCCAUCAAUCUAAACCAUAAUUAUGAUUAACCACAUCAGUGCCUCCAUGCUGAAAGAAUACAAGGUUACAUUGGGAGAUUCAAUACUACAGCUCAUUCUAUAAAUACAUUUGUUAUAAAUAAUGCUGUAAUAACUAUGAACACCAAGUCCUUACCAUGUAUUUGCACCCUGCUUCUUUUACACUGCUGGACCACAUCUCUGUAUGUCUUGUUCAUACAUUAUACAGCACUGGAGAACAUGGAAUAUGAGCUUUAAAGGACACUAUAGUCCCCAAAACCUUUAGCUUAGUGAAGCAGUUUUAGUGUAUAGAUCAUGCUCCUGCAGUCUCAUUGGUCAUUUCCUCUGCCAUUUAGGAGUUAAAUUACUUUGUUUAUGCAGCCCUAGUCACACCUCCCUGUGCGUAACUUAAUAGCCUUCCUAAACACUUCCUGUAAAGAGUCAUCUAAUGUUCACACUUCAUUUAUUGCAAAUUCAGUUUAAUUUAGAAUUUCUCAGCUCCUGCUUUGUUAAUAGCUUGCUAGACCAUACAGGAUUCUUCUGUGUGUGAUUAAAGUUCCAUUUACAGAGCAGGAGAUAAAAACCUGUAAAGUCAGCUACAUCUGAUUGAAAGUGAAACCAUUUUGUUUUUAUGCAGGCUGUGUCAGUCACAGCCAAGGGAGGUGUGGCUAGGGCUGCAUAAACAGAAACAAAAGUGAUUUAAUUCUUAAAUGGUAGAGAAUUGAGCAAUGCAACUUUCGAGGCAUGAUCUAUACAACAUAACUGCUUCAUUAAGCCAAAGUUGUUUUGGUGACUAUAGUGUCCCUUUAAUAAUAAUAGUAAUCCUAGUUUAAUUUUUUGAAGUCAGCACAGUUUGCAAACACAAUCAAGUGUGUGUGUGUGUGUGUGUGUGUGUGUGUGUGUGUGUAUUUUAACACUGAGAUUUACUUCUUACUGAACAGCUUUAUUGCCUUUAGUUAUCAGACGACAAAGCAAGACAGAGACACACAUUGAAAACUGGUCAGAGGACGACAUCAAGAAUUGGCUUUCUGAAGAGGGCUUGUCAGAGGUGGAACAUGUAUUCACUGCAAAUAAUAUUGAUGGCAAAGAAUUAUUGAACCUCUCGAAGGAAUCUUUGCUCCAUGACCUCAAAAUCGGUAAGAACUCAUCCUAAAUCUCAGAUGACUGUUACACAGAAAGAGGUUAUUAAAAAAAAAAAAAUAGUAAGUUAUAUGAAUGUUAUAAACAAUAUUGUUUCCAUUAAAUGGAAACAAUAUUGUUUACAUUAAAUGGACACAAUAUUCAUUUAAAAAUGAUGCAAAAAAAAAACCAAACAAACUUACCUUUGAAGUCCCUUAAUUUACAGAAUUUAGUUAAAACCUUGGGAGAGAUGUCAGUCAGACUUCAUGUACAAGUUAUAACUGCAGAUUUUAUUUUUUUUGCAAAAUGCUAAGUUGUUAUGGUGUUUCGAGUGAUGCUAUAAAUGGAAAUAUGAAUAUUGUAUAUGCUUAUCUCCUAUAUUUAACAAAUACAUAUUUGUGGUCAUUAAAAUAAAAUCAUAAUUAGAGAUCCCCUGGCCUGUAUUUAGCUCAAUUCUAGAACUGAAUGCCUCCAUCUUUGCUCCCUGACAAUUGUUUGUAAAAACUGUACAGAGCGUGCUAUGCAUUGCAUGCCCUUGUUCUGCCUGGCUGAACUGGAUGUAAGAUUUCCGUUAAAUCCUUAAUGUACGUGUAAAAUAAAACAGGGCAUCAAAUUAAACAAAGGUUAAAACAAAACAUAGGUGAUUAAUGUUUUAUUCAAUUAUGUCAUUUACAGAAAAGUGACCGUUCCCCUUUAAAUAUAUAUUGGCUAGUAGGUAAGAUUCCUGGUUAAAUCAACUAUUACUUUCAAACAUCAAUUAUUUUUUUAACCAUUUUUCAGAAUCUUUGGGAGUACGUAAUAAAAUCUUAAGGAAAAUCGAGGAGAUAAAGAGCAAAAUGAAGAGCACUUUAACAAACAUCCCAGAUGAAUUUCUGUGCCCUAUAACCUGUGAAAUAAUGAAGGACCCAGUCAUCGCAUCAGGUAAAACCAAUACUUUGCAGAGGGUAGUCCUGCUACAGCAGUGUCCCGAAAUAAUGAAUGUAAUAUUAGAUUAGAGAUGUUCUUCAAUUUUAAUUAAAUGAGCUUAGUGACCCAUUGUUCACUUGAAUUAUCCUUCAUAUUACUAUAUUCAGAAACACCUUGAGCAGAGUUGUCCUGGUGUGUCAUCUCACUAAGCAUCGAAGUGUAGUGAAUUGAAAGCAAAAUUGCUCAGUUUAGACAAAAAUAGCCGGUUUGAAAAACUUAUUCAGCUUAACCAUCAACUAUAGUCACAUCUUAACUAUUUUAGUCUACAUUAUGAAAUUUUUCUGUUUUGAGAAUACCUCCAUUGUUUCAGAUAGGUCUCCAUAGCACGGGGUAAAGCAGUGUUUCUACAGUAAUCUGUUUAGUGUUGGAAGUUCCUGUUGAAUAUAAUAAUAUAUCGGUUCCAAUCAAUGAGGACCACAUUGGAUCCUACAGGGGUCCAGGUUGGUCCAUUAGACCCAGGCAAGACCGCGAAGGUCAUGCCAUUUUCUUCCUCCUUCGUGACCUGACGCUUUUAAAAAUCACCUCUUGUUGGUGUGAGAGUUGGGCUCAUCUGGGUAAUUGAAACACAGACCAGCACCCAGAACUCUGUAGAGGUGGGAUUUUUGAAGGUGGGGGAAGAGUAGCACUCUGUUCUUAAACCCAGUUAGCACAGUGACAACCCUAGUGGGGACCAGUGUUGGGUCCUGAUCUGAGGGCCGAUAACUGGCUGAAGGAUACAUUGUACCCAUUGUUUUCUGCAAUAAUAGUUCAACUAGAUCCAAAUUCUACAAUACGUAGUCAACAAAAUGUUCUUUUCAGAAGAUAAAGGCUUUUCUUCUGAUCUCUGAAAUACUUGGCAGGAGAGUCUUUUUUCUGUAGUGAAACCUGGAUGUUUCAGAUUAGCACGUACUCUACAAAUUUAGGAAUUCUCAAAAAGGAAACUGUGGUGAGUUGACAGUAGGGUUGCAACAGUUAGACCAAAAUGAGCUACUUUGCUAAAUUAUUUCAACUGAAUUCUUUUUAUGCUCAUCAGGACUCUAUUGGCAAAAAUGUUGGGAUUAAUUGUAUUUCACCAAUUAAUAUAACUCCUUUAAUGACCAAACUUAAAAUAACACUAUCAUGGUUGUGGAUUUCAGUGGUAAAUCAUAUAAUCAGAAUUUUGCUUUAGUGCUACCUUCAGCUAUUGGCACUUCUGCAGAUAGAAUAGAAAAAUUCAGCUUUCGGUGCCAAAACAAAUCUGUUAUUCACGAACUCUGAUAAUGCCAUUUUAUGGAUGUUAAUCAAAAUGCCUACAAAGGAUACAUGAAUAUGUGCCCCAGUGUGUCUUCAGUCUCAUGGCACUGAUAAAUGUACAUGCAAAUUAUGAAUAGUUGCUGGAUAUCAAGCGAACAAUAUCAAAGAACAAUCACAGUUCUAAAGGCUAGAAACGAGUUAGUCAUUUACCAUGAAGACACAACAGUAUUUUAAAUAGCUUUUCCAGGCUCUUUAAAGGAACAGUAUCGGUCAGGAACACAAACAUGUAUUCAUGACCCUAUAGAGUUAAAACACUACCUAGCCCCCCUGAUCCUUUGUCCCUCUAAAUAUAGUAAAAUCUUACUUUAUUUCAAGUCUUCAGCUUCUGCCCCAAUCUGUCUGCUUGGCCGACACCAUCAGAAGUGAUUCUCUGAGCCAAUAACAAUGCUUUUCCUUAUGAUUGGCCGAGGUAGAUCACGGGCAGAGCCAGCACAAGUCAAACACAGCCCUGGCAGUCACACUGUGUAGCACUGCCCCAGAAAGCACCUCUAUCAGUUAUCUAAGGAGUGGACAGUGGAUUUAUCACUAGGCUGUAAUGUAAACGCUGCAUUUUUCUCAGAAAAGACAGUGUUUACUGCAAAAAGCCUGAAGGUAAUGAUUCUACUCACCAGAACAAAUUCAAUAAGCGGUAGUUGUUCUGGUGACUAUAGUGUCCCUUUAAAUAUAAAUGAAAUAGUCACAUUCUUGUAAGCAGUUUUUUUUUUUUUUUUUAUAUACACGUUUCCUUGUGAUUCUUUUUUACUUAGAAAAAGAAAAUCAGAUUUUAUGUAUUAUUAUAACUUGAUUUUUCCCCCCAAAAAAUAGCAUCUUUUCAAUGUAACCAAGCUGUUUGCCAAGUCUGAUGGCUGUUCUUGAGCAGCCAUUGUCUUUUAAUUCUUAUCAGAGUUCACUAAAUCCCAGGAGCUACGAAUUCUAGAUGUCCCUUUUCUGGCACCAAAAUACAUCUGUUUCUUUGCUAAUACAAUAUGUGCCACGUCUGUGAUGUCUUUUACAGUAACAUAUCAUGUGGCAAGGUUCAUGCUCGAAGCUGAAGGUGUACGUUUUUAAAAUAUCUUUAAACUAUUCAUAGUUAGGGAUCUGAGGAAAAAGGAGACAUACAGAUUAUUCACUAUAAGAAGAAACUCUGUAAGUGUAGAGUGAAUUCAAAGUGAAUUUCAAAAUAUACGGCAAAAAAGUUGGUUCUCUUUUGGCCUUAUUAAAAUUCACUUUAAAUCCACGGCAAUUCUCUUCUUCGUGUUCAUAUUGUGCUGGAGUGCAAGGAGUUUAUUCCCCCCCCCCCCACGCUUCCCUCCCGUUCAAGUUAGACGGAAAGUUUGACACACAGACUGUCAGUGACAAUUUACCAGCAAGUCACGUCACGUUUUUUUUUUGCUCUCUAUUUACACAUGAAAGCUUCUGGGCAACCCGGGACCUUAUUUCAAGAAGCUCAAAUUAUUCCUCUGACAGUUCGGUGAUGAAUGUUCACAAAACAAUUUGAAGCUCACAUUGAAAUGUAAUUAAUGAUAAGAAGAAAGAUAUUUGGAGCAGAUUCCUCUCACUUAUUGAACGCUCGGGGAGGAAGGGGGUUUAUUAUUCCAUCAUUGGAAAUACAUUGGUACCCUUGAAAUCGCUAGUGAAAUGUCAUUAUAUCUCAAUUAAUAAGAGAAUACGUCCAUAACGUUAGGAUAUAAACAGGGUAGUGUGGAACUGGAUGGUAUAGACAAUAGGCAAUAAACUAAUUCAAUCUAACAUGUGAAAAACACUAAGCAGGUUUAUUAAUUACACAUUGUUACCCAUGUAUUUCACCAUUUGUGACAUUGUGUGUGUACCCAUAUUAAAAUAAUAUGUCCUUACCUUCUCUCUGCUGGUUUGUGAACUGUAAAACAGAUAUACAAGUUGUACACUAACUGCAAUAUCUAUUGCAUCCCCAAUUGGGAUGUAACCUCUAAAAUAUGGACAAAUAUGUACAGUAAACCAGCAUACACAGAAAGUACUGUACCCCCGCUAAUACACUGUUUUGUAAAGCUAGGUAUUCUAUCAACACCAUAUAAACCAUACUCACACUGUAACUACUGUACAUGCCUUCUCCUGUAAUGUAACCUGUGCUUGGUAAAACCUUUUCUGGAUGGCCCAUACAAAGCACUGGCAAAGCACUCUAAAGCAUAGACAGAAAUUGAAGAUUUGAAAAUUCCAAGAUGACAAAUCAAGGGUCCAGCAUUUUGCAGCUGACUUGGGAUUUGGAAGCUUUUUGCCCAUGUUCAACUAGACUAUUACAGAAAUACUUUACCCUGUGAUGUUUUCAUUUUUAUAAUAGUUAACCAUGCAUCUAUUUUGCUCAACGUAUAGGCUACAUGAACAAUAUUGGAUUCCAUCAUAUAUUAUUUUUGUAACUUUGCAUUUUUUUCUUUUGCAGAUGGUUAUUCGUAUGAAAGAAGUGCAAUAGAAAACUGGAUUAGCACCAAGAGGACCAGCCCAAUGACCAACCUUCCUCUCGAAAACCUUCUUCUAACACCAAAUAGGACGCUAAAAAUGGCUCUAAACCGUUGGCUGGAAAGCCGGAGCACAACAUUACUGUGACGUUGUGGUGUCGACUGGAACUGAUGUGCAAUAGACCAUCUCCACCCCAGCUCUCAAAAACAUUAAAAUUACACCAUAAAAUAUUUAUUUAGUAAAACCCGAAAGACAUUAUGUGGCGGUGGUGGUGACUGACUAAAGAGCUAGUUUAUGGCACUAAAUUAGGCAUCAAAUCUGUGCAAGGACUGAUGUGCGACCCUAGUGCAGUCACUCAAUGGAUUGUUGACCUGAGUGCUAGUGUAGGGAGGGUGAAUUUGUCAGUGUAAUGCAUCAAGAUCUACCUGAUUUGUUACUCAGGCACCUGUGCAUUUACCAUGGACCCUAUCAGCGACUGUACUGGUUUAGCUUUGGAGGUAUAGAAUGCAAGAAGAGAAUUCUGUCCACGAAUGAUCCCGAAUAGUAAAUCUUCUAUGUAACGAACAUUGAGUUUUAAAGAGAAUAGAAUGAUUGCUAUAUGGGCAUUUUUGAAGAUUAAUCUUCCAAUUUCCUGGUUUCUGUACUGUCGCAAGUUACAAACAUUUAAAGGGACGCAGGCUAUAGCAAAUUUAAUCUUUGCAAUCCACACUUUUUUAAAUUGAAAGCAAAAAUGAUCAAUAAUACAUGUAUUUACACUUUCACUUUGUGGAAUUUCUAUAUAUGGAAACUUUUCAUAUCAUGUUUAUGCAUUCCCUAUAUUUAAUGAAUAUGUAUUCAUCAAGUGUGAAAAUGAAAUGUAAAAAGCUACACUUCUUUAUUCUGCAAAUAUGCUCCUACAUGUUGGUGCCUUUAAAAUAAUUAUUAUAAAGCCUUUCCAUUACACCUGGCACUCACCAUAAAGAAAGCAGAGAAUAGGAGAGUCUUACUUAUGUGCAGAGCACACCCUUGUUGUGACUGGAUUGUCAUGUCAUUAUUUGGUAAAUCGUUCACAUAAAUUUGAGUAAACUGAGUAUUACAUGAUAAUGGUAUACCCCAGCAAUAUUUCCAGUUUAGUGACAGUUCCACUGUAAGACCCCAGACUUCGCAGCUCUUGCCGGAAGCUCUGUGCGGAGCAGAAAGCCCCUUGGCCAGUUGGGCUGGUUCUAUAGAUUUCUGUGGCAUUGCUGAGGUUACCCACGAAUCCCUGCUCUGCACUGCUUUAUACGCACAGUAGAGGUUUAUGGGAUCAGUUCAGUUGUCAGAGUGGUGUAUAAUUUACAGAUUGCAAAUUGCUGCAUUUAUUAGACAAUAUGUGUAUAUAUAGUCAUGGAAUGAAGAUCUCUUUAUAUACAAGUGUAUACAAGAUUAAUUAAGUUAUGGUACAUUGUGUGUCCCUUUAAAACUGGCAAGGAAUUAAAGAUCAGUUGCUUGCAAUAUCAUAUAAAGUACUACCUCUUAUUGACGGAUUAACCUCUAGGGCCUAAGGCGCUAGACAGAGGUUAAGGUCAUUUUGCUUGUUGCUAUUUGUUAUUGCUUGUUAGUAAUUAAUCUGUAAAAUUGCUCAAAUAGUGAAUAAAAAUG